AUGCCACUGAAACAACUAGAGAAGUCUGUAGCCUCAAAGAGCCCACUUCCUCCAACAUCCCAGAUUCCAGGUCUCAGUGAUCUUGCAAAAGCUCCCCAUGAAGUGCUGUCUGGGUGCCGCAGGAGGUGGAUCAAAGAGACCGAUUCAGCUUACGUCAAGCUGGUGAAGCAAGGAGGCCAACCUGGUGAGCAUCUACUUACUGAAGUAAGUCAUGUGAUAACGAAGUCCUCGCCAACAUCAUAUGCUGUGCCUGACUGGUGCUUGCACUGCUCUCAAUCUCCAGCGACUGAUAAGCCACGCUAAGAUGUAUCCUCUCUACCCGAUUGUAUGAUUCACAGAGAGUUUAAGGCGGAUGACCAUCAUGGUAACAGUUACGAGACAAGAAGAGGGCCUUUUGAUUUUGAUAUGAAAAGUGUUUGGCAGCAGAAUGCUGAGGACAAAGAAAACACAGAGAAAGAGAAGGUGAAGCUUCCUGCUAUAAACCUUAAAUAUCCAGGCAGAACACCAGAUGUUUCUACAAACAAGGAAUUUAGUGGGAAGAGUAAGCUUUCCUUCCCACCUAUCCCUGCUUAGAGAAAAAGUGAAGCAAUAAACUUUAGCAUAUUAAUUAGCAAUGGUUGGGACUGGUUUCAGCAGUGUACUGGAUCGGGGAAAAAGAUUCAAGAAACCUCAGAUAACAGUGAGCAAUCCAAAGCCAAUUCAGAGCCAUCACAGUCUGAACCAGCACCUGCAAGCAACGAGUCAAAGCCACCAUUUUAG